AUGCGACCGGACGAUGUUAGGGAAUUGCUAUGGCGUCGCCACGCAUACAAUAACGCUAUUAUUUCGUUGCGCAGACAUUUCAAGCAAGAAUAUAAGAUGGAGCAGUUGGUUCGAGAAGAAAAGGAAGAAUUCGAUCGUUUGUUAGCGGAAAACGAAGAACGAAAUCGAAUGGCGGCAGAAAAAAGAGCAGAACGGGAAAAAGUUGCGAUGGAGAAAAUGGAGAUGGAAUAUAUAAGAAGUAUUGAGGAAGAACUGCAAAGGAGAGAAGUGAAUGUUAAGCAAAAAAAGCAAGAAGUUCUGGAAAUGGUGGCAAAGAGCAAGCAUUUCAUUACGGAGGAUAUUUUGGAUGAAAAGCUCGAGGAGGCACUGGAGAAUCCGGUUGUUUACGAUUACGCGGUCGAUUUAAUGGGUAAUAAGUACUACGCACCGAUACCGGAAAAAUACGUUAAAGGGACGCCGCCUCGUCAAAAAGGCCGUACCUACGAUAUUACACUUGGCAUCGAACAUUACAGUAAAAUUGUCCCAUAUUCUGCUACAGGUGCUGAUGGGAAUGCUGAAAUAUCACCUGAAUCAGGCGAAAGUAUGAAGCAGCAAGCCUAG